GUUAACUAAACACGUUUUAGGGGAACAGAGGUUCUUACUUACCAUUACUGUAAAAGCUCACAGCUUUCGUCUUCUCUCCCAAUCUUUCCUUUUGAAAUCGAGAGAGAGCCUCAUCCUGAGUUUCUCCCAUUGUUCUCGGCGAAGAUUUACUGCACUGUUACUGAUAACAACCGUUCCCUCUGCACUGGAGUGGCGGGUAGAUAGAUCUCUUCUGUCUGUUUACAGGUGAAGAUAGAUCUGCUGCAUUGAAGUGAGCCUCGAUCGAUUUUCUAGGGUUUGGACAUUUGCGGAGCAGUGGACGAAGCCUCCUCCUUCAUAAAUUUCCUUGCUUUUUCGGCCUUCAUCGACGAGUAGAUAAUAAAUGAAGAAAAGUUAACGGGAAAGUGUUUUCAUUGGCUGUUGUGGCUUGGGCGUUGGGUCUCUUUCAUGAGUCUUCUCCUUUUUGAUCUAAUCCAUCAGAUCCGGUCUUGAAGUCGUCGGAUCUGUCUUUCAACUGCCACUGGUCGUAUAAGAUCCAACCCUUUAGUUUACAUGCCGAUGGCUAACACGAACCAAGCUCUGCGAGCAAGCUGGUCGGCCCGUUUUCCGCCGCCGGCGACGGGAAACCAAACAGUGGCCUUUGGCCACCGGACACAGUCCGGGAGGAACAUCAGCUACUCCCGCGACGACCUUGACAGUGAGCUCGGCAGCGGCGAGCACUCCAAGGAGUUUCUCAGCUACCAUGUCCACAUCCCUUCUACUCCCGACAACCAGCCAAUGGACUCUGCAGCAUCAACGAAUCUUGAUCCAUCAAUCUCCGCCCGCGUGGAGGAGCAGUACGUCUCGAACUCUCUCUUUACUGGUGGAUUCAACAGUGUUACCCGCGCACAGCUUAUGAACAAGGUGAUCGACUCUGAGUCGAGCCACCCGCAGAUGGCCGGAGCCAAGGGUUCGUCUUGCGCCGUCCCUGGCUGCGGCGCCAAGGUCAUGAGCGAUGAGCGCGGCAAUGAUAUUCUUCCAUGCGAGUGCGAUUACAAGAUCUGCCGCGACUGCUUCGUGGAGGGUUUGCAGACCAAUGGGACUUGCCCGGGCUGUAAGGAGCCUUACAAGGCAACGGAUGUGGAUGAAGUCGUUGCGAAUGCUCAGCUGCAUCUGUCAAUGCAACCUUCUUUAGGAGGGAUGUCGAAGAUGGAAAGGCGACUGUCGCUGAUGAAGUCGAGGAACUAUGGAAGGAGCCUGACCAGAAGCCAAACUGGUGAUUUUGAUCAUAACAGGUGGUUGUUUGAGACGAAGGGUACUUAUGGGUAUGGAAAUGCUAUCUGGCCUAGGCAGAAUGAUGGUGAUGGUGAUGGUGAUGGUGAUGGCGAUGGCGGACAGCCGGUAGAGCUUGUGAGCAAGCCAUGGAGACCUCUUACAAGGAGAUUGAAGAUCCCGGCUGCAAUCCUCAGCCCUUAUAGGCUACUUAUCUUUAUUCGAAUGGCCAUUCUAGGCCUCUUUCUUGCAUGGAGAAUCAAGCACAAGAACGAAGAUGCCAUUUGGCUUUGGGGCAUGUCAGUUGUCUGUGAGAUAUGGUUUGCCUUUUCAUGGCUUUUGGACCAGUUGCCAAAACUCUGCCCCAUUAAUCGAGCCACCGACCUUCUUGUUCUGAAAGAGAAGUUUGAGACCCCUUCACCUUCCAAUCCGUCCGGAAAAUCAGAUCUUCCUGGCAUAGAUGUCUUUGUUUCAACUGCUGACCCUGAAAAGGAGCCACCUUUAGUCACUGCCAACACCAUCCUCUCCAUCCUUGCUGCCGAUUACCCCGUUGAGAAGCUAGCCUGCUAUGUUUCUGAUGAUGGCGGUUCUCUUCUCACCUUCGAAGCCAUGGCAGAAGCUGCAAGCUUUGCCAAUCUAUGGGUUCCUUUCUGUCGUAAGCAUGAAAUCGAGCCUAGAAACCCUGAAAGUUAUUUCAGCAUGAAGCGGGAUCCUUACAAAAACAAAGUCCGGUCGGAUUUUGUAAAAGAUAGGAGACGAUUGAAGCGAGAAUACGAGGAGUUCAAAGUCCGUAUCAAUAGUCUGCCGGACUCCAUUCGUCGUCGGUCUGAUGCUUACCAUGCCCGGGAAGAGAUCAAGGCAGUGAAGCGGCAACGAGAAGCUCCUCUCGAGGAACCUGUAGAACCUGUUAAGAUCCAAAAGGCUACUUGGAUGGCCGAUGGGACUCAUUGGCCCGGCACUUGGGUUUACUCUGCAGCUGAACAUUCUCGAGGAGAUCAUGCUGGAAUUAUUCAGGUGAUGCUGAAGCCCCCAAGUGAUGAGCCUUUGCUUGGUAACAAUGAUGAAAUCAAAUCUUUUGAUCUCACUGAAGUUGACAUCCGUCUGCCCUUGCUAGUCUAUGUUUCACGCGAGAAACGUCCAGGUUACGACCACAAUAAAAAGGCUGGCGCCAUGAAUGCCCUGGUUCGAGCUUCUGCAAUCAUGUCCAAUGGACCUUUCAUUCUCAACCUGGACUGUGACCACUAUGUAUACAACUCUCUGGCCUUGCGCGAGGGCAUGUGCUUCAUGAUGGACCGCGGCGGCGAUCGCAUCUGCUAUGUUCAGUUUCCUCAGCGAUUCGAAGGCAUUGAUCCUUCCGACCGUUAUGCUAAUAACAACACAGUCUUCUUUGAUGUUAACAUGCGCGCCCUCGAUGGCUUACAGGGACCUGUUUAUGUCGGCACUGGUUGCUUGUUCCGACGGAUUGCUCUCUAUGGCUUUGAUCCCCCUCAUUCGAAGGUCCAUAGCUCCUGUUUCUCGACUUGCUUUCGAAGAAAAGGGAAAACUCCUUCUGCAGAGGAGACUCGAGCCCUGCGAAUGGCCGAUGAGGACGACGAUGACGAAAUAAUGAAUCUUUCAUCCUUCCCAAGGAAGUUCGGCAACUCAAACUUCCUUAUUGAUUCCAUACCUGUGGCAGAGUUUCAAGGCCGCCCUCUCGCCGACCAUCCUGCAGUCAAGAACGGCCGGCCGCCUGGAGCACUCGUCAUCCCGCGCGACCUUCUCGAUGCAUCCACUGUUGCAGAAGCCAUCAGUGUUAUUUCGUGCUGGUACGAAGACAAGACGGAAUGGGGGCACCGCGUCGGCUGGAUAUACGGGUCAGUCACCGAAGAUGUCGUGACCGGUUACAGAAUGCAUAAUCGAGGAUGGAGAUCAGUUUACUGCGUGACCAAGCGAGACGCUUUUCGCGGCACCGCACCGAUCAACCUCACCGACAGGCUGCACCAAGUGCUCCGGUGGGCGACCGGAUCCGUCGAGAUCUUUUUCUCUAGGAACAAUGCUCUUCUUGCCAGUCCCAAGCUAAACCAUCUUCAAAGAAUUGCAUACCUCAACGUCGGCAUAUAUCCCUUCACUUCCUUCUUCCUCAUCGUCUACUGCUUUCUACCGGCCCUCUCUCUCUUCUCAGGCCAAUUCAUAGUCCAGACUCUCAAUGUUACAUUCCUCGCCUACCUCCUUAUCAUCACCAUCACCCUCUGCCUGCUCGCUGUGCUUGAGGUCAAAUGGUCGGGGAUCGAGCUGGAGGAAUGGUGGCGAAAUGAGCAGUUUUGGUUGAUUGGAGGCACAAGUGCUCACCUUGCAGCUGUUCUUCAAGGCCUGCUGAAGGUCAUAGCAGGAAUCGAGAUCUCUUUCACACUCACCUCAAAGUCUGCCGGAGACGAAGAAGACGACGACUUUGCUGAUCUGUAUCUUGUGAAAUGGACAUCACUGAUGAUUCCUCCUAUAACCAUCAUGUUGGUGAAUCUCAUCGCCAUCGCCGUGGGAGUAAGCCGGACGAUUUACAGUGUGGUUCCGCAAUGGAGUAAGUUGAUCGGCGGUGUGUUCUUCAGCCUGUGGGUGCUGGCUCAUCUCUACCCUUUUGCGAAGGGGUUGAUGGGAAGGAGAGGGAAGACUCCAACUAUAGUAUUUGUCUGGUCUGGUUUGAUUGCUAUAACUAUUUCACUUCUGUGGGUGGCAAUCAAUCCUCCUUCUGAGAGUUCACAGAUUGGUGGUUCGUUUACUUUUCCUUGAUCUUUCUUUCUUCUUCUUCAUGGCAAUUUCUGUUCUGGACAUAAUCUGAUAUCUGUAUUUAUAACAAAUUAACAAGUUUUGAAUGAGUUUUU